AUGAAUAAUAGUAAAAUAUAUACAUAUCUAAUUAGGAUCUAACAAAGAAAACAAAUUUAAAAUGCCAUAGAAAUUCUUAAUCUAACUGAAUAAUAGUUACUUAAAGACAGAAAAGAAUUUGAUAAAUACUUAUAACAGNAAAUAAUUAAAAUCAAAAGCAAUAACAAGAAUUUAAGAAACAAUUGAAUAUGCUUUAGAGGCAGCAUUCGAUAAUGGUAUAAUUUAAGAUGAAGUGAAUGAAGAUUUCUUGAUGAAAUGUGGAUAUAGAGAUAAAAAAUAAGGAUAAAUAAAUCCUAGUCAUAGUUCUUAAAUUGAAACUGGUAAAUAAUAAUAAUAAUAGUAAUAAUAAAUGGAUUUAUUAAAACCACCAAAAGUUUAUAAAAAGAUAUUUUUAUCAAGUGAAUAUAAUUAAUCAGAAUAUGCUUAAAAUGAGGAUGAAAAAUAAUUAGAAUAGAUUCAUAAAGACUUUUUAACUUUUAAGAAAGAAGAAAUAGAAGGGAUUGAUAAAAAUGAAGAAUUGUUAUGUUAUAGAUAAAAAGAGAAUCUAAGUUACAUUCUAAAUAGUUUAAAAGGGAAUAGAUAUAAAUAAGAGAAUACAAGAAUAACUCGAAUGAAAACUUAUAAGUUUAAAUCAUUUCUUAAGUUUGGGUUUAAGUGA